UCAUUCCAAGAGUGACACACUAACUGACAAGAUGUCCCGGGAAGAGUCGCUUCAUAUUAUUAGGAAGUUUUUCGUAGAUAUAUUUUUAAUAUCAGGAUUGGUGUUAGCUAUAUAUGCAACACAAACAUUUUGGGUGCCCUUCGAGAGGGGUUUCUUCUGUGGAGACGAGACUCUAAUGCUUCCGUACAAGAAUGACACCGUAACCACUCCAAUGCUUAGGCUUUUCGGCCUCGGGUUACCUGUGUUAGCUUUUCUCGUUUGCGAGUGGGUGCUACUUCGCAACGUGACAGAUGAAAAACGCAUUUUAACUCUGUGCGUGCCAGCGUGGCUCCGAGGCUUCUACUGCCCGCUGGCAUCUUUCGCCUUUGGUACUUGUUUCAUUGAACUAACCACCAACAUCGCAAAGAACGUUAUUGGCAGACCGAGGCCGCAUUUUUUUGAUCUUUGCAAGCCUUCAAUAGACUGUAGUUUACCAGAAUGGCAGAAACGUUACAUCCAGCCGAACGAAUACCAAUGUUUGGGCGAACAGACGGAUAAAUUCAUGGACAUGCACAUGUCAUUCCUCAGUGGACACUCCGCGUGGUCUGCGUUCACGAUGUUCUAUUUAGCUUUAUAUUUAGAGAAGAGGGUGGUAUGGCGUGGGACCCGUGUGCUGCGUCACUCAUUGCAGUUCGCGGCUGUUAUGUUGAGCUGGUUCACAGCUCUUUCAAGAGUUUCUGACUACAAGCACCAUUGGAGCGACGUACUGGCUGGCUACUUCCUUGGACUUACAUUUGCUGUGCUUAUAUGGACAUGGGGAACAGAUAUAUUGGAACCUAACAAGAAACACGAUCGUUUACCGCUUCAUGAUUCGCCUAUGCAACAGAUACAAAUGGCUGCACCGGCAUGAUCGUUAGCAUGCUUUAACCAACACAUUACAUUGUUUUUAAUAUAAGGUAUAUAAUAACAGAAUAAUUGAGUACAUACUCUACAUUCUGACAAUAUUGUAGAGCGUCAACAUUAAUAUCGUGAGUGAGUGAGUGAAAGUUAUGAGCUUGUAGCAAAAAUGUAAAUGUGUGUCUUAUGUAUACCAAAUAAGUAAUAAAAGGAUCUCAUUUAGAAAAAAAUAAACCAAAAAACCGCCAACGCAAAACCUACUAGCAAUUGCGCAAUAUAUAAAAAUAUUGCCUUUAGUUACAAUUUUGUCAAUUUAACGAUUACUUAAAAUCAUUUUAAAAAUUAAAAAUAUUAUAUUAUAUUAAAAA